AUGACAAUUAUUAUUAAUGUUUUUGGAAGAGAAGAACCACUUGUUAACGAUAACGUUCUUGAAAGAGAAGAACCAUGUAUUGGUAGAAGCUUUCCAAGGAGACAUGCUCUUACGGACGAAGAGCUAUGUUCACUUUUUAGAAAUCAAAAAAAUGGGACACCUCGCGUUAAUCCAACCUUAAGUGCUUAUGAUGAUGCUGCUUCAAUAAAUUCUUCACUUUCUAAUCAUGAUCAAGCGGCAACAACAAAUGAUGCGUCGAAUUCUCGGCGUCAAUUACCAUUUGGAAAUUGGAAAUUCACAAUAUAUAGGGAAACGUACAAUUUUGAUGGUACGGGAGAUGGUCAGAAUCAGAAUAACGGCAAUAUUUCCCAAUACAAUAAUUUUCAUCGUUAUGAUGAUCAAAAUUAUGAAGCAGCAGCAAUCCGUCAUAAUACCCUUACUUCAGGAUACCCAAUUCAUUAUGAAAAUGAAUAUCUGAAAGAGAUUUCCCGGUGGUGUACAAAUCCUCCUUACAUUGAUUUGAGCUUUAAUAUGAUUAUUAAAAUUGAUAAUCAUGCAAAUUGGGUUCCAUAUAAAUUCAAUAAAUUGAUGUUGCGAGCGGCAAACAACGAUCUAUUGCUACUGGUUCCAAACCAAAAUGCUCCUCCUUUGAGACUUAGAGUUGACGUUGAAUUAUUUAUCUGGGGUAUUGAUUGGAUUUACAAACCAAAAAAUUUCUGUUCCUAUACCUGA